CUUCUAGACUAGACUAGACGAGAGAGAGAGAGAGAGAGAGAGGGAGUAGUGACUUGUGAUGGACAGAGAUGGCUCCUCCUCUUUCUCGAGCCUCAAGACCUACCUCCUGGCCCUCGCCGACACGCCGAGCCGCGUCGCCCGGCGCGCCGGCUCUGCCUCCACCUCCUUCGACGAGAUGAGCCGCGCCCGGUCCCGCUCCGGCUCCGACAUGCGCCGCAGCCUCCGCUGGUUCGACCUCGUCGGAUUCGGCCUCGGUGGCAUGAUCGGCGCCGGCGUAUUCGUCACCACCGGCAGCGCCAGCCGCCUCUACGCCGGCCCCUCCGUCGUCGUCUCCUACGCCAUUGCCGGCUUCUGCGCCCUCCUCUCCGCUUUCUGCUACACCGAGUUCGCCGUCGACAUGCCCGUCGCCGGCGGCGCCUUCAGCUACAUUCGCGUCACUUUCGGCGAAUUUGCGGCAUUUUUGACGGGCGCGAAUCUGAUACUAGACUACGUGCUGUCAAACGCCGCCGUGGCGAGGAGUUUCACGGCCUAUUUGGGCACGGCUCUAGGCAUAUCGACGGCGGCCAAAUGGAGGGUCACAAUCCCUGCGUUCCCGAAGGGAUUCAACGAGAUCGACUUCUUCGCCGUCAUCGCAGUGCUCAUAAUCACCGUCGUCAUCUGUUACAGCACGAGAGAGAGCUCGGUCCUGAACAUGGUGCUGACGUCGCUCCACGUCCUGUUCUUGGUGUUCAUCGUCGUGGUGGGGUUUUACAGGGGGGAGUGGAAGAAUUUUACCAAACCGGCGGACCCGGUUCACCACCCCGGCGGGUUUUUCCCUUUCGGCGUUUCGGGGGUGUUCAACGGUGCUGCGAUGGUGUACCUCAGCUAUAUCGGGUACGAUGCGGUCUCGACCAUGGCCGAAGAGGUCCGAAACCCCGUUAAGGAUAUCCCUAUCGGGGUUUUGGGUUCCGUUAUCCUCGUUACCGUUCUGUACUGUUUGAUGGCCGCUUCAAUGUCCAUGCUCUUACCUUAUGAUUUGAUCAAUACGGAGGCGCCGUUUUCGGGGGCGUUUCGGGGAGGAUCGGACGGCUGGAAAUGGGUGUCGAACGUGAUCGGGGUGGGGGCAAGCUUGGGGAUACUGACGUCGAUGCUGGUGGCGAUGCUGGGUCAGGCGCGGUACAUGUGCGUGAUCGGACGGUCGAGCGUCGUCCCUGCUUGGUUCGCUAGGGUCCACCCCAGGACAUCCACUCCGGUCAACGCCUCCCUUUUCCUUGGGAUUUGCACGGCUACGAUUGCGCUGUUCACCGACCUAGACAUCCUCCUGAACCUAGUGUCCAUCGGCACACUCUUUGUUUUCUACAUGGUGGCAAAUGCAGUGAUUUACAGACGUUACGUAUCGGUGGGGAGCACUAAUACGUGGCCCACAUUGUCCUUCCUCUUCUGCUUCUCCCUCACUUCGAUCAUAUUCACCCUGAUUUGGCAAUUCGGUCCGUCUGGAAAGCCCAAGGCGUUCAUGCUCGGUGCCUGCACCGUUAUUGCCAUUGCCGUUCUACAACUUUUCCAUUGGGUCGUCCCACAAGCUCGGAAACCUGAGUUCUGGGGGGUCCCGCUGAUGCCAUGGAUACCCUCUAUCUCAAUCUUCCUGAAUAUUUUCUUGCUGGGUUCUCUUGAUGGGCCAUCUUACGCGAGGUUCGGAUUCUUUUCGGCUCUCAUAGUGCUGGUGUACUUGCUAUAUAGUGUUCAUGCGAGCUUUGAUGCAGAAGAAGAUGGGAGUCUUAGUCAUAAGAAUGGGGAAUUUAUGAAGGAAUCAAAUGAAAGUGAGGACCCCAGUCUCAAAGUGUAAAAACCUCAUCUGAAGCCUUUUUGAACUUCUUUCUGUUUUUUUUUUGGGUCUAGUGGAGGAAUACUUUUCAAAUAGGACUGCAAAGUAAAAGUAGAAGAUAACAAAGGAAUAGACUGCAAUUAUGCAGUAUUGGCAAGUUGUAUAGAUGCUUAAUUGAUAGCAAGUUGAGGUUGAGAUGCCCCCUUGUACAUUGGGUCAAAAUGUGAAGAGUCCAUCAACUGUUUUCGGAUUUCAGUGUUUGACAUUUAACCAACUCAAAUGAAUGACAGUUUGAUAGGAAAUUGAAGCAA